GUGUGGCUUGCCGGGAGACGUAGUCCUCAGUGCAGCCCCGCGCCUGCGCCCUGGGCAGUUGCCGGUGAGCUUGGGAGAACCGUGGGCGCUGAGGCGGCCCUAUGAGGGUGGAUUCUCUAUGAGAAGGUUUGGAGAGAAAUCACUGCUGCCAUAGUGAAAUGAACGUUUCUCUGCUGUAGGUGGCUCCCUCCCACCGCAACAAUUUCAGAGAGAAGCAAAUCGGAAUCUGAUAAGUGAGGCUCCAGAUAAACUGUAAACUGCUGGAAGUGGGAGAUGGCUGUGGCCUUGGGUUGUGCAAUCCAGGCAUCCUUGAAUCAAGGCUCUGUGUUUCAAGAGUAUGAUACUGACUGUGAAGUCUUCCGUCAGCGCUUCAGGCAGUUCCAGUACAGAGAAGCAGCUGGGCCUCAUGAAGCAUUUAACAAACUCUGGGAGCUUUGCUGUCAAUGGCUGAAGCCAAAGAUGCGCUCUAAGGAACAAAUCCUGGAGCUGCUAGUGUUGGAGCAAUUCCUAACUAUCUUGCCCACAGAGAUAGAGACCUGGGUGAGGGAGCACUGCCCAGAGAAUAGAGAAAGAGUUGUGUCACUCAUAGAAGACUUACAGAGAGAACUUGAGAUACCAGAGCAGCAGGUUGAUAUGCAUGACAUGCUCUUGGAAGAACUGGCACCAGUGGGAACAGCACACAUACCACCAACCAUGCACCUAGAGUCACCUGCACUCCAGGUAAUGGCACCUGCCCAGGAGGCCCCAGUAGCAGAGGCAUGGAUUCCACAGGCAGGGCCACAGGAGCUGAACUACGGUGCUGCUGGAGAAUGUCAGCCCUUUCUAGACCCUGGAUAUCCAUUACCAAAGCUUGAUGUGAACUUCUCACUGGAGAAUAGAGAAGAGCCAUGGGUGAAGGAAUUACAGGAUUCUAAAGAAAUGAAACAAUUACUUGAUUCCAAGAUAGGUUUUGAGAUGGGGAUAGAAAAUGAAGAAGAUGCUUCAAAACAGAAAAAAAUGGACACUAUGUAUCCAUUUAUUGUAACUUUAGAGGGGAAUGCACUUCAGGGUCCCAUUUUGCAAAAAGACUAUGUACAGUUAGAAAAUCAAUGGGAAAGCCCCCCAGAGGAUUUACAGACAGAUUUAGCAAAACUGGUAGAUGAGCAGAACCCCACUCUGGGACAGACACCUGAGAACUCCAACUUGGAAGAACCUCUCAAUCCUAAACCCCAUAAGAAAAAGAGCCCAGGAGAGAAACCUCACCGAUGUCCUCAGUGUGGAAAAUGUUUUGCUCGGAAGUCACAACUUACUGGACAUCAGAGAAUUCAUUCAGGAGAAGAACCUCACAAAUGCCCUGAAUGUGGCAAAAGAUUCCUUCGUAGUUCAGACCUCUAUAGACACCAACGACUUCAUACAGGGGAGAGACCCUAUGAAUGCACUGUAUGUAAAAAGCGAUUCACUCGGCGCUCACAUCUUAUAGGGCACCAGAGAACCCAUUCUGAAGAAGAAACAUAUAAAUGUCUUGAGUGUGGGAAAAGUUUUUGUCAUGGAUCAAGUCUUAAAAGACAUCUGAAAACUCAUACAGGUGAAAAACCUCAUAGAUGUCAUAAUUGUGGGAAAAGUUUUAGUCGACUGACAGCUCUUACUUUGCACCAGAGAACGCAUACUGAAGAGAGACCUUUUAAAUGUAAUUAUUGUGGGAAAAGUUUUAGACAGAGACCAAGCCUCGUUAUUCAUUUAAGAAUCCACACAGGGGAGAAGCCAUACAAGUGUACUCAUUGUUCUAAAAGCUUCAGACAGAGAGCAGGCCUUAUUAUGCACCAGGUCACUCACUUUAGAGGACUUCUUUAAGAAUUGCUAAGGGAAACAGGUCCUACACAAAUUGACACUAACUCAAAAAAAUCUUAAACCGCAGCAGA